UUUCCGGCCUCACUUCUUUUUAAACCCAUCCCUCGCCUCCAAUGCUCACACAAACAAAUACAACUUAUAUCUCUCUAAAUAAAAAUGGUCGCCAAUAGGCGGUUCGAGCCGAUCACACGAUGCAGCACCCAAGGCCGGUCGAACCAAACUGUUGCGGCUGACUUGGACGGCACUCUUCUCCGGUCGAGCAGCGCAUUUCCCUACUUCAUGCUCGUCGCAUUGGAAGCCGGUAGUUUAAUUCGGGCUCUAAUUCUUCUCGCAUCGGUCCCUUUGGUUUAUUUCGUGUAUGUGUUCAUGUCGGAGUCCGUGGCGAUUGAGAUGCUUGUGUUCAUCUCUUUCGCUGGGCUUAAGGUCCGUGACAUCGAGCUUGUAGCCCGCUCCGUCCUUCCAAAGUUCUAUGCCGAGGACGUCCGGCCCGACGCCUGGGACGUGUUCAAUUCCUUCGGAAAGAGAUAUAUCGUCACGGCGAAUCCGAGGCUUAUGGUCGAGCAUUUCGUGAAGAAUUAUCUUGGCGCGGAUAAGGUGCUCGGCACGGAAUUGGAGGUCACGAAAUCCGGCCGGGCUACCGGAUUCGUGAGGAGGCCCGGCGUGCUUGUUAGUGGUCAUAAAAGGGCCGCGGUCGUGAAAGAGUUUGCCAAUGAUGUGCCGGAUUUGGGCCUCGGUGAUAGGGAAACUGAUCAUGACUUCAUGUCCGUUUGCAAGGAGGGAUACAUGGUACCAAGAACGAAAACCGAAGCAUUGGCUAGAAACAAGCUACUGGCCCCAAUCAUAUUCCAUGAGGGGCGUUUGGUACAGCGCCCGACGCCCCUCGUGGCACUCGUCACGUUCCUAUGGAUGCCAAUCGGCAUCAUUUUAGGUCUCGUCAGAGUGUACCUCAACAUCCCCCUCCCCGAGAGGAUCGUCCGCUACACCUACAUGAUGCUCGGCAUCAAGCUCAUUGUCAAAGGAGCCCCUCCCCCGCCGCCCCGUCCCGGCCACGGCGGCGUCCUCUUUGUGUGCAACCACCGCACCAUCCUCGAUCCCGUCGUCACCGCGGUGGCGCUCGGGCGCAAGAUCAGCUGCGUCACCUACAGCAUCAGCAAAUUCUCGGAGCUGAUAUCCCCGAUCAAGGCGGUGGCGCUGUCGCGGGAGCGCGACCGCGACGCCGCCAACAUCAAGCGGCUAUUGGAGGAGGGCGAUUUGGUAAUUUGCCCCGAGGGGACCACGUGCAGGGAGCCGUUCCUGCUGCGGUUCAGCGCGCUGUUCGCCGAGCUCAGCGACCGGAUCGUGCCUGUGGCGAUUAACACGAAGCAGAGCGUUUUCUAUGGCACGACGGCGCGUGGGUACAAGGUGCUGGACCCGUAUUUUGUGUUCAUGAACCCGAGGCCGACGUACGAGAUCACUUUCCUGAACGAGCUCCCGCCCGAGCUGACGGUGAGAGGCGGGAAAACUGCGAUCGAGGUGGCGAAUUAUAUACAGAGGGCGGUAGGGGGAACGCUAGGGUUUGAAUGCACGAAUUUGACGAGGAAGGAUAAGUAUGUGAUGAUGGCGGGAACGGAUGGGCGCGUGCAGUCUAAGAAGAAGUGAUGGGAUUAUGUUUUCCUUAAUUUAAUUGGAUUAUGUUUUCUAUUCUCCUCUUUCAAUUUUUUUUUAUUUUUUUUAUUUGAUGUUGUUUGGUUUUUCAAAGGUAGGGAGCAAUGCAUGGCUGAAAAUAACAAUCAUCUUCAAUAUGUAUAUUGUUCUUCGUUUCUAA